UAAACGGGACUUAUGGAAUGGAUCGAAACCAAGAUUGAGCAUUCCUUCAAUAUUGAAUCAAAUGACAUCAGAUCGUGUCACUUGUUAGGUUGCUCUUUUCAUAACUAUAGUUUUAUUAUUAAUGAUCACCAAACGAUAUUCUCUCCCAACAUUGAGAUCACAACCAAGUUACCUGAUGAGCCCUUAUCUCAAGCCAUUAUUUCAUGUGAGCAGACAGAAGCCUGUGUAUGUUAUCUAUUAACAAAACGUGGUAAUGUGUAUCUGUGGAAUGUCUUUCAACAAAAUACUAGACAAGCAGAGAAAAGGCCAAGGCUUGAGACAAAUCAUUAUGAAUUACAAAAGAUUCGUGAAAGAGUAUAUUAUAUUGCUUCUGCCGACCCUAGUGGCGUUUACAUGUUUUCUGAUCAACAAUGUGAGAUAUAUCAAGGUAAAGUACUUCCUGCUGACUUAGGUGGCGUAAGUUCAAAGGUGACCUAUCAUCAAUUCUAUCAAAACUUGGAUCCAGUCAUCGCUCGGUUCUUUUCGAUAAAGGACCAAGGUUUUAUUUAUGGUACUGCGUUAGGAGCUGUCUUUUGUCGUAACUCGAGCCAGGCUAAUCUUGUCCAAGAUCUGAAGCUGAUAGCCUUUGACAAUGAAAAAGUAAAGUACAUAGAGAUAGUUCGAUCAGAAGAAGUGAGUGGUAUACUGGCGAUUGGUAACCAGGGAACCAUAAUGAUGUACUACAAGUUUGUUGAUGACAGUACUGUUCAUCUUCAACAGUUCAAUAUCCAAGCUCCAAUUUACUCCUUGGACAAGAUUCAGGAUUUUAAUUAUGUUGUGUCUAAUGGAAUUGGCAAAGUAUCCAUGAUGUCCUUUAAAUUUAAUCAAAGGGAGGUUGAGCUGGAACUAUUACCAUUCCAAGGUUUAAACCAAGUGUCAGCAUUAAGGAUCCUUGAUAGGAUUACAUUAGAGGUGCUGUGUGACAAUGGCGAAUACCAAAGAGUCAAAUUCAACCCUGAGGCAACUUCAGUUGGAAAUAACCCUGAGGCGAUUCAUGUUCUGAUACAAGAUGCCCUGAAAGAGCUGGCAUUAGGUGAAACAAGUCUAAAAGAGAUGGAAAGAGAAGAACAAGAACUAAAUGAUAAACUGGUCUCUGUCAAUCAAACGCUGUAUGCUAUUCAGAGUAUCGACAUAAGAAGAAAGAAAGGGUUGGGAAAUUCAUUACAAGACACAGGCUUUGAGUUUACUCUAUGUCCUGUUGUCAAGCCAGCCUCGAUUGCCAACACAUGUUUACAGCCAGUAACUUAUUUGCGCGCUUGCAUAAAAACCUCAAUGUUCCUACAAUUAGAGCAUUGGGAAUUAUCGCUUGACCUGUUUCCGUUCGAGGUAUCCACAAAGGAUGCUGGUAUGACUCAAUAUGUGCCUGUCGUAGGCUUCGAAACACACUAUGAACAGCAUAUGGAACGAUAUUCUGUGUGGGAGCGUGACAUUCCUCUCGAUCUCAAUCGAUGCUCUUUACCGUUGAAGGCCACUUGUACUCUAAUCAUGAUAUCUUCUGAACAAAAGGAACUGAGAUUCCCAUUAGCUGAAAUGAUCGUGGAUGACAUUCACUUUGCCAUACCUUGCACUUCAGAUUUAAUUGAAAGUAUAGAAAGACGAGGACUAGAUGAAGUAACAAAUAGGCUAAAUCAGUCAUAUCAACUUUUAACAUUGUUGGAUAAAACAAAUCCAUUUGCAAGAUUAUUGAGAAAACACCCUGAUUCUCUUCAUCAAAAAUUAUUGAACUAUAAGCAGUCAAGUAUUCGGUGUAUAGUUGAUCCGUCGAUGACGAAUGAACAGUAUCGAUCUAUUUUAGCCAAUUUGCUUUCUGAAGGACGCAGGAUGGAUGAGAUAAAGAAUAUGAUAUGCCAUGCCGAACAAGCUUAUUUUACUUUAGCGUCAUUUCCAGCAAGCCCAAUUAUGUUAAAGUUGACAAAGCUAUCCAUAAAUGAAAUCGAUAUUGUCAUUCAGUGUGCACAUACGCCUGCUCUAUUCAAAGCAGAGGCUACCCUUCUUUUAAGGCUAUAUCAUUACUAUUUUUGUAAAGAAAAAGACAAGGAAAUGAACGAUUCAUUUUUCAAGAUGAUAAAGUUACUUGAUAACCAAAUAGAACAACUUCGAGAGCUCUAUCAUCAAGAUAAAAUGGAAAUUGAUUGCAAUGAUAAAACGUUAUUUGGUUCUAUCAAAGAAGCAGUUGAUUUGAUAUCUAAUGUCAACAACCAAGUUUCUAUUGGAUUUGUUAAGUUUUUAUAAGUUAAUUCAUGCUCCGAAUGCAUGAAUCUCACUUACGCA